UUCCACACUCUUUAUAAACGCUCACUGGGUUUUUAACUAGAUAUAUUCGUCCUAGACAUUAUACAGAUCACCAUAUUUGUGUCGUCUUCUCACAUUGCCUUAUUUUGAUACCAAUUCCACCCCUGAAAUUACCCCGCCAUGGCCCCUCCUAAGGUCUUUUCUCUUGAAGGCAAAGGCCUCAAGCUGGACACCGAUGUGGAUGUCGAAGCCCAUAUUAAACCUCUGAUCGAGAGCACCGACUACACUGAAAUCCGUCUUGGUGGCAAUACUUUUGGCGUGAAAGCCUGUGAGCGCUUGGGUACCGCCUUUUCCACCCAGAAGAACCUCGAAGUCGCUGAACUUGCCGACAUUUUCACCUCGCGUCUGAUUGAAGAGAUCCCCGACGCCCUGACUCACCUUUUGAAUGCGCUCCUUGAGAUCCCGACUCUUCACACCGUCAACCUUUCCGACAAUGCCUUCGGCAAGCGGACCUCGAAGCCCCUCGUCGACUUCCUCUCUGCCCACGCUCCUUUGCGCCAUCUUAUCUUGAACAAUAAUGGAAUGGGCCCUGAUGCAGGUGUGGAGAUUGCUAGAGCGCUGGUGGAGCUUGCAAAGCGUAAGGAGGAGGCCCGCAAGGAAGGGAAAGAGGUCCCUCAGCUGGAAAGCAUUGUCUGUGGCCGGAACAGACUGGAGAAUGGAAGUAUGGCAGCGUGGGCACGUGCAUAUGAAGUGCACGCCGCAGGAAUGCGCUCAGUGAAGAUGACACAGAACGGCAUUCGUCAGGAGGGUAUCUCCCAGCUGUUGAGGGAGGGUCUCCGCCACGCCAGCAGCCUCGAAGUCCUUGACUUGCAGGAUAACACCUUCACCAUUUUGGGCUCCACGGCUCUCUCAGAGGUGCUUCCAGGCUGGACUUCCCUGCGCGAGCUCGGUGUCGGUGACUGUUUGCUCUCCGCUCGUGGUGGUGUGAAGGUUGCGCAGGCUUUGGCCGGUGCCAAGAACGAGAAGUUGGAAACACUUCGUCUGCAAUAUAAUGAUAUCACGGCCGAGGGUGUUAAACAGUUCUUGCACGCGACCAAGACCGCACUGCCUUCGUUGCGCCGAAUUGAGCUAAAUGGAAACAAGUUUAUGGAGGACGACGACAACGUCAAUGAGUUGCGCGAGGUCCUGGAGGCUCGUAAGGAAGAGCACGGCAAGGAUGACGACCCGGAGGAGAUGUGGGGUGUGGACGAGCUGGAUGAGCUCGAAGAGGAGAGCGACGAAGAAGAAGAGGAAGAGGAAGAAGAAGAGGAGGAAGAAGAGGAGAAGGCCGAGAAGUUUGUGAAAGACAAUGUUCAGGCUGAGGAGGCCAAGGUCGCUCAGAAGCAGGACAAGGACGUUGAUGAACUUGCCGAGGCUCUGGGAAAGACUGGUCUGUAAACACGCCCUGGCUUGACCGAUCAUUCGCCUACUCCCGUCAUUUCCCAUAUACCCGAUGCAGCGGCGGUACCUACUUGCGCGCAGGAGCUGCGGUCAUGUCUAAUGAUGUGUCUAGGACCGGCUGGCAUGCGUCCGUUGGUUACGGUCAAAAGAGUUCACAACAAUGAGCUCCGGAAAAGACCGAGUCAACGUGCCAGUUGAAGUUGCCCUAACACCGCCCGCCGUGAGUUGCACCCGCGCUUGGAUACGGCUGACGUCCUUUGUUUUAUGCUUCAUGUCCCCUUGUCACGCUCGCAUCUUGGUAUUUUUCAGGGACAUUAGAUUAGACAACUAUUGGCCUGUUCCAACCAUACGACUUAAAUUUUGCCCCAGUGAUGUAUAUAAUGAAUCAAAAAUGAGAACGAAAUCUACACGCAA